GCAGUAUGACUCCAGCCCCGGACCCUCAUCCUUUGACUCUGAGUAAACAAAGCCGUCAGGCUUUGUUGUCCAGGACACGCUCUUUCAGUUUCCUGACAGACUGGUGCCUCAUGAGUCUUCUAGGCCUCAUCUUGUUUAUCAGUCUGGCCUCGUGCCAAAGGAUGGAUCCUUCCAAGCACCCCAUAGUCAGCACCAACUACGGAAAGCUUCGAGGCAUCAAGAAGGACUUGAACAAUGAGAUUUUAGGCCCCGUGGAGCAGUACCUGGGUGUGCCAUACGCCACCGCUCCCAUUGGAGACCGUCGCUUUCAACCACCUGAAGCUCCAGGAUCCUGGCAGGAGAUCCGUAACGCCACACAGUUUGCCCCCGUUUGCCCGCAGAAUGUCCACGGGGUGCUGCCAGAGAUCAUGCUUCCCGUUUGGUUCACGGAUAACCUGGACGUGGCGGCGGGAUACAUCCAGAACCAGAGCGAGGACUGCCUUUACCUCAAUAUCUACGUGCCCACAGAGGAUGGUCCGCUCACAAAAAAAACUGAUGAAUCUUCAAUGAACAAGCCUCGAGACGAAGAUAUCCGUGACCGCAGGAAGAAACCCGUGAUGCUGUUUAUCCACGGCGGCUCCUACAUGGAAGGCACCGGGAACAUGUUCGACGCCAGCGUCCUCGCCGCCUACGGCAACGUGAUCGUGGUGACCAUGAACUACCGCCUGGGCGUGCUCGGUUUCCUCAGUACUGGAGAUCAGUCUGCUAAAGGGAACUACGGCCUGCUGGACCAGAUUCAAGCUCUGCGUUGGCUCAACGAGAACAUCGGGCACUUCGGCGGAGACCCGGAGAGGAUCACCAUCUUCGGCUCCGGAGCAGGAGCCUCCUGCGUGAACCUCCUCAUCCUGUCCCACCACUCAGAGGGUCUCUUCCACAGGGCCAUCGCUCAGAGUGGCACGGCCAUCUCCAGCUGGUCCGUCAACUACCAGCCCCUCAAGUACACCAAGAUCCUGGCCCGGAAGGUGGGCUGCACCUACUCCGAGACAGCCGACCUCGUCGACUGCCUGAGACGCAAGACCUUCCGGGAGCUGGUGGACCAGGACAUCCAACCGGCCCGCUACCACAUCGCCUUCGGUCCUGUGGUGGACGGAGACGUGGUGCCAGACGAUCCUGAGAUUCUCAUGCAGCAGGGGGAGUUCCUCAACUAUGACAUCCUGAUAGGAGUGAACCAAGGAGAAGGACUGAAGUUUGUGGAUGACAGUGAAGACAACGACGGCAUCUCUGCCGCAGCGUUUGACUACACCAUCUCCAACUUUGUGGACAACCUUUAUGGAUAUCCUGAGGGUAAAGACAUUCUGAGGGAGACCAUCAAGUUCAUGUACACAGACUGGGCGGACAGGGACAAUGGAGACAUGAGAAGGAAAACUCUGUUGGCAUUGUUUACUGACCACCAAUGGGUGGCGCCAGCAGUGGCCACAGCCAAGCUCCACGCUGAAUUUCAGUCCCCGGUUUAUUUCUAUACGUUCUACCACCACUGCCAGACUGAGACACGACCAGAAUGGGCCGAUGCAGCGCAUGGAGAUGAGAUACCGUAUGUGUUUGGCGUGCCAAUGAUUGGUGCCACAGACCUGUUCCCGUGCAAUUUCUCAAAGAAUGAUGUGAUGCUGAGCGCAGUGGUCAUGACUUACUGGACCAACUUUGCCAAAACUGGUGACCCCAACCUGCCUGUCCCCCAGGACACCAAAUUCAUCCACACCAAGCCCAACCGCUUUGAAGAGGUGAUCUGGACAAAGUUUAAUCCAAAGGACAAACAGUAUCUUCACAUCGGCUUAAAACCUCGUGUUAGGGACAACUACAGGGCCAACAAGGUGGCCUUCUGGCUAGAACUAGUCCCCCAUAUUCAUAGUAUGCGUGAGCCCUUAACAACCACUACCCGUUUGCCACCUGGCCCUGGUCCUGGCCCUGGCACCAUCAGACCCUGGCCCAGGACUCCAGGUCCUCGAACGACUCGUCACCCUUACCCAACAUUCCCUUCUGAAACUGAGCCUGAGGGCUCGGAGCGUCCACACCAGGACCUCUUUCCUGGAGACACCCGAGACUACUCCACUGAGCUGAGUGUCACAGUUGCUGUAGGAGCCUCUUUACUCUUCCUCAACAUCUUGGCAUUUGCUGCCCUUUACUACAAGCGCGACAAGCGGCACGAGAUGCGACGGCACCGGCUGUCGCCUCAGCGAGGCGUGCCGGCCAACGAUCUGGCUCACAGCCAGGAGGAGGAGAUUAUGUCUCUGCAGAUGAAGCACUCGGAGCACGACGCUCACCACGAUAUGGAGCCCCUUCGACCGCACGACAUCCUACGACCCGCCUGUCCGCCCGACUACACGCUGGCACUGCGCCGCGCCCCAGACGAUGUGCCACUGAUGACGCCGAACACCAUCACCAUGAUCCCCAGCACCAUCACCAGCAUGCAGCCUCUUCAUGCCUUCAAUACUUUCCCCUCCACCGGUCACAACAACACCCUGCCCCACCCCCACUCCACCACCAGGGUAUAGUAGCGACUAGCUCAACACAGCACCACCUAAGGACCAGGAAUACUGGAUCUCCUACAGAUCUAGCAGAAAGG